CGCGCAGGACGCGGUUGCGCAUGUUACUACCGGGCUUGGUGUAAAUUCAAACUUUGUUUUACCGCUAAAAUGAUCAAACAUGCAAUGUUUUCAACGUAACAACAAUUUAUAAACAAAAUGAAGUGUCAGUUCUUACAUUUAGUUCCGUGAGUGUUGAUUAUUAAGUGAUUUAACGACAGAAGGAGUAAAACAAAUGUGUGUGAUCCAUGUGUGAAUGUUGUGCUUCAUAAUGUGGUCGAGAAACUUUACACCGGAUUAUGGGAUUAAGUUGCUGUCUAUAGGUGUGCUGCUGUCGAGUCUGGCGGCCAAAAUCCAAGGAGUCGAAGGUUUUGUGUCGUGUUCACCGUCGCCGUGUAAAAAUAGCGGCACUUGUCUAUCCACACCUAGAGGAGAAUAUUUUUGCAAUUGUACGUCACGUUACGCCGGCGAGUUCUGUCAGCAUUUGAACCCCUGCCACAGCGAAUCUAGUCCCAGGUGCCAGAACGGCGGCACCUGCAGGGUCCGGCCUGGGGUCGGUGGCGGCCCCCCGUCCUUUGCCUGUGACUGUCCACUCGGUUUUAGUGCAUCACUAUGUGAGAUACGGGUGCCAGCCGCCUGCGAUUCGGCACCAUGUUUAAAUGGUGCCACCUGUCGGCUGACGUCACUACACACUUUUGAAUGCGACUGUCCUCCCGGGUACACAGGUGCCGAAUGUUCACACGAAGAUCACUGCGCCUCCCAACCGUGUAGAAAUGGAGGUCGUUGCGUUGCAGACAAUACAACGACCGCGGGCUACUCGUGUGCGUGUCCACCCGGCUUUACCGGCCCGCGAUGUAUCGACGAUGUGGUGGAAUGCUCGAGUGGUUCAGGACCUUGUCAUCACGGCAGAUGCUUUAAUACUCACGGAUCAUAUACGUGUGUGUGCGAACCGGGGUUCACGGGCCGGGAUUGUGACGCGGAGUACGUCCCGUGUGAACCAUCUCCCUGUUUGCAUGGUGGAAGAUGCACGCCCUUGGAUCAGCUGAGAUACGAGUGUGAUUGUCCACCUGGUUUCCGCGGUCAGAACUGCGAGAUAGACAUCGACGACUGCCCCGGCAACUUGUGUCAGAACGGCGCGACAUGUAUCGACGGACUCAACUCCUACACGUGCGAGUGUCCUCCCACUUUCACCGGCUCCCUCUGUGAGACCGAUGUAGAUGAAUGUGCUUUAAGGCCCCUGGUGUGUCAAAACGGCGCGACCUGUACCAACUCUGUGGGCGGAUUCUCCUGCAUCUGUGUCAACGGAUGGACCGGACCUGAGUGCUCUGUGAACAUCGACGACUGCGCCGGCGCCGCAUGUUUCAAUGGUGCCACGUGUAUUGACAGAGUUGGUGCAUUUUAUUGCAAAUGUACGCCAGGGAAGACUGGUCUCCUCUGUCAUUUGGACGACGCGUGCACCUCCAACCCUUGCCACGCUGACGCUAUCUGCGACACGAGUCCUAUCAACGGAUCUUACACGUGCUCCUGCGCAUCCGGCUACAAAGGUCUCGAUUGCUCUGAAGACAUCGACGAAUGUGAACAAGGUUCUCCAUGCGAGCACGAUGGUACUUGUGUCAACACGCCGGGGUCCUUCGCGUGUAACUGCUCGGUUGGGUUCACGGGGCCGCGGUGUGAAACCAACGUCAACGAGUGCGAGAGUCACCCCUGCAGGAAUGAUGGCUCCUGUCUUGACGACCCGGGAACCUUCCGCUGCGUCUGCAUGCCUGGUUUUACGGGUACGCAGUGCGAGGUAGAAAUCGACGAGUGCGCGAAUAACCCCUGCCUAAAUGGGGGCGUCUGCCACGAUAUGAUCAAUGCCUUCCGCUGUACUUGCGUCAUUGGGUUCACAGGCGCUCGUUGUCAGGUCAACAUCGACGAUUGUGCAUCCAGCCCGUGUCGCAAUGGCGGGACCUGCCACGACUCCAUCGCGGGAUACACAUGCGAGUGUCCUCCAGGAUAUACUGGUAUGUCAUGCGAGACCAACAUCAACGACUGCCUGUCCGCACCAUGCCACCGCGGCGAGUGCAUCGACGGUGAUAACAGUUUCACCUGCAACUGCCACCCCGGAUACACCGGCAGGGUGUGUCAGACUCAGAUCAACGAGUGCGAAUCCAACCCAUGCCAGUUCGGAGGUCACUGCGAGGACUUAAUAGAUGGGUACCAGUGCCGCUGCAAGCCCGGCACCUCGGGCCGCAACUGCGAGAUCAAUGUCAACGAGUGUUACUCCAACCCCUGUAGGAAUGGCGCCACGUGUAUUGACGGCAUUAACAGAUACACUUGCGAGUGCAUCCCCGGCUUCACUGGCCAGCACUGCGAGACCAACAUCAACGAAUGUUUGUCAAACCCCUGCGCCAAUGGUGGCAAGUGCAUCGACCGCAUCAACGGCUUCCGCUGCGAGUGUCCUAGAGGAUACUACGACGCUAGAUGUUUGUCAGACGUCAACGAGUGUGCUUCAAACCCUUGCAUCAAUGGCGGGACUUGUGAAGACGGUGUCAACCAAUUUAUCUGUCAUUGUUUACCAGGAUAUGGAGGUCAACGUUGCGAACGUGAUAUAGACGAGUGCAGUUCGAAUCCCUGCCAACAUGGCGGCACAUGCCAUGAUCGACUUAAUGCAUACAAAUGUGACUGCGUACUUGGAUUUACUGGUGUAAACUGUGAGACGAACAUCGACGAUUGCGCGGGUAACCCUUGCUUACACGGCGGCUCGUGCAUCGACCUUGUGAACGGUUACCGAUGCGUAUGCGCGCCGCCGCACUCCGGCCGCAACUGCGAGAACACGCUCGAUCCCUGCCUGCCUAACCAAUGUCGCCACGGCGGUCGUUGUGUAGCGGAGGCGUCAUACGCAGAGUUCACAUGCGCAUGCGGCGCGGGCUGGGCGGGGGCGUUGUGCGAGCGGGACGUAGACGAGUGCGCAGCAUCAGCACCAUGUCACAAUGCAGCCACUUGUGUCAACACAGCCGGGUCAUACGCAUGUCUCUGUGCUCGUGGAUACGAGGGUAGAGACUGUGCUAUCAACACUGAUGAUUGUGCUUCUUUUCCGUGUCAGAACGGUGCGACAUGUCUGGACAGCAUCGGGGAUUACAACUGCGUGUGCGCAAGCGGCUUCGCUGGCAAACACUGUGAAGUGGAUAUUGACGAGUGCCAGUCCAGGCCUUGUAUGAACGGAGCCACCUGCAAUCAGUACGUGGCGUCAUACACGUGCACGUGUCCGCUGGGAUUCUCGGGCACGGACUGUCAGACCAACGACGAGGACUGUACCGACUCCAGCUGCAUGAACGGCGGCACCUGCAUCGACGGUAUCAACUCAUACAACUGCUCCUGUCCUCCAGGGUAUACGGGUUCGAACUGCCAGUUCCGCAUCAACAUGUGUGACAGCUCGCCGUGCAGUAAUGGUGCCACCUGUCAUGAUCAUGUCACCUUCUACACCUGCCACUGUCCCUACGGCUACACCGGCAAGCACUGCGAGGCCUUCGUCGACUGGUGCGAGAACAUGCCGUGCGAGAAUGGCGCCACGUGCUCGCAGAAGGGCCCGCAGUACUCGUGCGCGUGCGCACCCGGCUGGUCCGGCAAGCUGUGCGACGUCGAGAUGGUCUCCUGCAAUGACGCCGCGCUACGGAAAGGUGUGAAAAUGCAGCAGCUGUGCAACAACGGCACUUGCGAGGACAUCGGCAACUCGCAUCGCUGCCACUGCCUCGAGGGCUACUCCGGCUCUUACUGCCACCAGGAGAUCAACGAGUGCGACUCCGCUCCCUGCCAGAACGGAGCCCAGUGCAGGGACCUCGUCGGCACAUACCAGUGCCAGUGCGCCAAAGGUUUCCAGGGUCAGAAUUGCGAGCUCAACGUCAACGACUGCCUGCCCAACCCCUGCCAGAACGGCGGCACCUGCCACGACCUCGUCGACAACUUCUCUUGCUCCUGCCCCUUCGGCACCCUCGGCAAGAUCUGCGAGAUCAACGUGAACGACUGCAAGCAGGACGCGUGCCACAACAACGGCACCUGCAUCGACAAGGUGGGCGGGUUCGAAUGCAAGUGCCCGCCCGGCUUCGUGGGGCCGCGCUGCGAGGGCGACAUCAACGAGUGCCUCUCCGACCCCUGCUCGGACCCCGGCACCCAGGACUGCGUGCAGCUCGUCAACGACUACCACUGCAACUGCAAGCCCGGCUACAUGGGUCGACACUGCGAUGCCAAGGUCAACUUCUGCGCCAACUCACCUUGCCAGAACGGCGGCAUCUGCACCGCCAUCCAGGGCGGGCACGAGUGCCUCUGCGGUGACGGCUACUACGGCAAGAAUUGCGAGUACUCCGGCUACGUCUGCGACCCCAACCCGUGUCAGAACGGUGGCUACUGUCGUCCCUCCGAGAUCUCGGACUACGUGUGUGACUGUCCCUCCGGCCUCUCCGGCGUCAACUGCGAGGUCGAUUCCAUGAACGAGUGCCUCAGCAACCCGUGCAAGCACCCGGAGGCGCGCUGCAUAGACAAGCCCGGCAGCUUCCUGUGCUACUGCCCGCGACAGUGGACCGGAAAGGUCUGCGAGAUCCACGACCCUCACUCCCGCGGCGGCUACGGCAGCCCCAUUUCCGGAGUCUACAGCAAGAACCCAAGUUUGACCUUCCAGGAGUUGGACCUCGCAUUCCAGCGGGAACAGUGCGUCAAGUUGGGCUGCAAAGAGAAGCAGGGUGACCACCGCUGCGACGAGGAGUGCAAUACUUACGCGUGCGAGUUCGACGGCAACGACUGCUCGCUGGGACUCAACCCGUGGGCGAAUUGUACCGCGCCCAUCAAGUGCUGGGAGGUGUUCAUGAACGGCGAGUGCAACGAGGUUUGCAACACGCAGGCCUGCCUGUUCGAUGGCCGCGACUGCCAAAAGUCGCUCCAGCGUUGCAACCCCGUGUAUGAUGCCUACUGCCAGAAGCACUACGCCAACGGUCAUUGCGACUACGGCUGCAACAACGCCGAGUGCAACUGGGACGGCCUCGACUGUGAAAACGAGCCGCCCGACCUCGCCGAAGGCGUUAUGUCCGUCAUCCUGCUUAUGGACGUGCGCACUUUCAAGGAGAACUCGGUCGCCUUCCUGCGAGACCUCGGCCACCAACUGCGAACCACCGUCGUCAUAAAGAAGGACCACCUCGGGAACGAUAUGGUGUACCCGUGGAAGGGAUCGACCGACGUGGGACUUCAGGACACGGAGUUUGGCAAGAAACAUCAGAUCGCCUUCACGGAGAGGGGACAGUCGGGUGUGCAGGUGUAUUUAGAACUCGACAAUAGAAAGUGUUCGUCGAUGUCCGGGUCCGAGUGCUUCUUCUCGGCGCAGGACGCGGCCGACUUCCUCGCAGCGACCGCCUCCAAGCACUCGCUCUCCCCCGACUUUCCCAUAUUCCAGGUCAAAGGGGUCACGAGGACAGUUGACCCUAUAGACUUGCCCACCAACUCGAAGUAUGUGUUCAUCGGAGUUAUCCUUGUCCUGCUCGCGGGCCUGCUCAUCGGCGUGCUGGUGACGGCGCAGCGGAAGCGCGCCGCGGGCAUCACUUGGUUCCCCGAGGGCUUCAUCCGUAACAAUUCAUCGACGCGGCGGCGCACGCGACGCCGUGGCCCUGACGGACAGGAGAUGAGGAAUCUGAACAAGGCUUCCAUCGGCUGCAUCGACGUGGACAUAAACGGCGGCCACAUGGGUCCGCCACACUGGUCGGACGAGGACGACGACGGCUCGGCCCCGCCCAGGGCGAAGAGGGCGCGCGGGCCCGGGGACGCCAACGGCGCGCCGGGGGGAUACGCGUCCGAUCACACCGCCAUAACGGACUACGAGGAGGCGGGGCACGAGCCCAGGGUGUGGACACAGCAGCAUCUGGACGCGGCGGACAUCAGGGUGCCGCCCAGUAUGAUGACACCACCGGCUAUUCACGACGGGCACGUGGAUGUGAACGCGCGCGGGCCGCUGGGCAUGACUCCGCUGAUGGUGGCGGCCAUACGCGGCGGCGCGCUGGACGCCGGCUCCGACGCCGAGGACGAGCAAACUGCGCACAUCAUCUCCGAGCUGGUGGCGCAGGGUGCGCAGCUCAACGCCGCCAUGGACAAGACCGGCGAGACCAGCUUGCACCUCGCCGCAAGAUAUGCGCGAGCGGACGCCGCCAAGCGGCUUUUGGACGCAGGCGCGGACGCCAACUCUCAGGAUAACACGGGCAGGACGCCGCUGCACUCCGCGGUCGCCGCGGACGCUAUGGGCGUCUUCCAGAUACUGCUCAGGAAUAGAGCAACCAAUCUAAAUGCUAGAAUGCACGACGGCACCACACCUCUUAUACUUGCUGCAAGGCUUGCGAUAGAGGGCAUGGUAGAGGACUUGAUCAAUGCGGACGCGGACAUCAACGCAGCGGACAACAGCGGUAAGACAGCGCUGCACUGGGCAGCCGCCGUCAACAAUGUGGACGCUGUCAACGUACUCCUCGUACACGGCGCCAAUAGAGACGCGCAGGAUGACAAGGACGAGACGCCGCUGUUCCUGGGUGCACGUGAAGGCUCAUACGGUGCAUGUCGUGCGCUACUUGACGCGCUGGCCAACCGCGAGAUCACCGACCACAUGGACCGGCUGCCGCGAGAUGUAGCACAGGAGCGAAUGCACGACGACAUCGUGCGUCUUCUCGAUGACCACUGCCCACGACCUCAGCACCAUCAUCUUCUACCAUCCCCCAACCCUCAUCCGCAGCUGAUCAGCCAGCCUACAGUGAUAGCGGGUGCGGGCGGAAAAGGCAAGCCGAAGAAGGCGCGCGCAAAGCCCGGCCCCGACAGCCCACAGGACCAGCCCUACGACAACAACAAUAUGCAUCUCGCUCAGAUUCGACGGAAACCAAGUGUAAAAAAGAACAACAAGAAGGUGGCGCAAGAAGUGCCGCAGAGUGUAGAGAGCCUCGGCUCCAGUCUCAGCCCAGUCGAAUCGCCGCUGCAAAAUUUACAGGACUUGCCGUCGCCGUACGACGCGACGUCUCUGUACUCGAAUGCUAUGGCGCAGUUCCCCGGCAUGGAGCAGCUGGUGCAGCACAAACAGCCUCCCAGCUAUGAGGACUGCGUCAAGGUACCCCUCAUAUACUAUACGGGUCAGACACUGCAGUACGGCGGCGGCGCGCUGGGUGCUUCACUGUCCCCACCCUACUCCAACCACUCCCCCACACACAGCAAUCACACCACUUCACCGCACGCAUAUAUAGGGUCGCCGUCGCCUGGCAAGUCGCGACCAUCGUUGCCGACGUCGCCGGCGCAUAUGGCGGCGCUCCGUCACUCACAUCAGCAUCAACACCAGCUAGAUGCCGCUACGUAUUCAGCGCUGGCACAUCUUAGUGCGAACGGACAACACAACGCGCAGCUGCAGGCUGUGAUGACACACGCUGCAGCACUGGGACAAGUGCAGGGACACCAUCCUGCGCUCACCAACAUGAUAUCUGGUAUAGGUCUGUACGGUAGCUGGGGUAUUGGCGAUACGUUCCCGACGCCGUCUCCGGAAUCACCAGACCAGUGGUCAACGCCAUCGCCUCAAACGCCGCUAACGCAAUCGCCACAUUCAGAUUGGUCGGACCGCGCUGCGUUAUCGCCAAACGAUAUGCAACAGACCAAUAAGGGAGCAACUGAAGCCAUUUACAUAUAAAUAUAUUAAUUAACAUAACUGUAAAGUUAUGCCACUUUUGACCUUAUGGGAGUAAACAUAAGGUUGAUAUUCAAUUUGAUAUUAUUUGUAGAACAA